AGAUUUAUUUAUGUACACUUAUGUAAUCGUUGUGUCUUUCCGAUCGAACCUUGUCUAGGAUUUAGGUUUGUUUUGGCACUAACCUUUGACCAAAAUCGCUAGUUCUGGGGGGAUAUUUUCAUACCAAGAAGAUGGCUGUUGGGAAGUGUCGGUAACUGCUACACAAUGUAAAACAGGGGAAAGAAGGAAAGAUGCUGUGGAAGUGAUUUUAGAAAUAAAAGUGUUAUAGAAGUUGCCUGAUCAAAUUGGGCUUCUUGGACAUUGGUGCUGUUUGUGUCUUCUAUUAAGUGAGUACAUUUUGACCACAUGAGGAAAAUGAACGAGUUAGAGAAAUGGGCUUGUGACUACUGUACAUAUGAAAACUUCCCUGCUGCUAAAAAGUGCACUUUAUGCUGUGCAUCUCGAACACCGCAGCUCAUUACAGAUGAUGCUUUAAAUAACGAGCAGGACAUUUAUAAGAUGGCAUCAAUGAUGAAUUCGGCUUCAAGCAACAGUAGCUCCACAAAUUUAAUUCCCACAAGCCCAACACAAAAUGACAUCACUUGCAAAAAAAGCCCUUCCAUUGUGGCUCCUUGGACUGAGAAGUGGGCAUGUCAUCUUUGUACCUACCUGAAUUGGCCCCGUGCCAUAAAGUGUACACAGUGUUUAAUGCUACGGAAGCAGUCACCCUCCACUACAUAUGUCAAUAAGACUAACCCCUCUAAAAGUCCAGGUCAAGUCCUAUCGAUAAAUAUGGAACCGUCGUCUGGUAACAACAUGGCAAACCGUAACUCACCAAAUUCUCCUGAUACUACUAAAGAUUUUUACAAUGACAAAAAUCGGUCGGUAUCUUCAGCCCUUACACGCUCUCUUGGUAAAUGGACCUGUAAAUCUUGUACUUUUGAUAAUUGGCCCAAGUCUCUGAAGUGUGUUAUCUGUGGAGCUAGCAAAACUAUUUCAGAGCCGAGUUCUUCGUGCAAUCUGAACAGUUGUUCACCUGUAGAAAUGUCAGAUUCAUUACAAAUAAAAGCAAACCAUUCGUCCAUUUAUAUACAUAAAAGUGACUCUCAUGAGCAGCAGCAGCAACAACAACAACAACAACAAGUACAACAACAGCAGCAGCAACAACAACAACAACAACAGCAGCAGCAACAACAGCAGCAGCAGCAACAGGUGGGAGCAACUGCAGCAUUACCUUAUGCUUCCAACGAACCUGACAAAUGGACUGAAGAAAGGCGUUUACGUCUUCUGCGCACACGCUUACGAGACAAAGACUGGUCCUGGUUAAAUGCAUGCAUAGGUGUUGUUGACGGGGACUCGGACACUGUUGAAACAUAUCUAGCUUCUGGUGGUAACCCUGCUCGGCAGUUAAAUCAAGAUGAGGUCACGUUUUUGAACAGACCGAGUGCAUUUGAGGUAGGCUAUACUUUGGUGCAUUUAGCAAUUCGGUUUCAACGGGAAGACAUGCUUGCAGUCUUACUGACGGCUACUGAUAUGGCAUCGAAAGUAGUGAAACGUCUUCCAUCACACUCAAGCCCCGAUCUAGCAGCAGAUAUUCGUAGAGAAAUCUCAACAUAUCUAAGACAACGGAAAGGAGAGUUCCAAUGUUAUUUUUUCACUGAGUAUGCUACGUUUGCCUUGCCUAGUGAUAUAGAAGAUCUACCCAGACAUAUCCAUUCCAAACUUUUUGAUGAACUUCUUGAUAAGAAUGCACAAAGUGAAUUGGAGGUAGAAGAAUCCAUUAUAAACUGGAGUUUGGAACUCACCGAAAGAUUAAGUAGCCGCUUGCAUGCCUUAUGGAAUCGCACAGCUGGAGACUGCCUUCUGGACUCUGUCUUACAAGCGACUUGGGGAGUCUUUGAUGUUGAUAAUUCUUUACGUAGAGCUCUGGCAGAAAGUCUUGGGGAUGGAGCAAUGAUGUUCUAUCCCCGGUGGAAAGAGUAUGAAUCAAUGCAAGCUCAGUCUUUACAUUUUUCUUUGGAUGAAAGCCAGUGGGCACACGAUUGGGCAGUACUGCUUAGUCUUGCCAGCCAGCCAGGUGCUUCUCUUGAACAAAUGCAUAUAUUUGCCCUUGCACACAUACUUCGACGUCCAAUUCUUGUAUAUGGUGUUAAAUAUGUAAAAAGUUUCCGAGGUGAAACGAUAGGUUAUGCUAGAUUUCAAGGAGUUUAUUUACCGUUAUUGUGGGAGAGAAGCUUCUGCUGGAAAACUCCGAUUGCAUUAGGGUACACUCGAGGUCAUUUCUCUGCAUUAGUCCCAAUGGAACCAGACACAGACGAUAUGAUAGGAGCUGGAGCUAACAUGGAUUCCAAUGAAGGGGACCAGAUGGUGUAUCUUCCUCUUAUUGACAGCGAAGGAAAACUGUUACCUGUUCAUUUUCUAAGUCGAUCAGAAAUGGGUCGCGAAGAAAGCAUUAUUCGAGAGUGGCUUGAUUGCUGUGUAACCAAAGGUGGAAUCCUGGUGGCUCUACAGAAACUUGGCAAACGACCUUCACUGGUGAAACAAAUGGUUGAUGAAUGGCUUGACCAUUACCGACAACUAUCUCAACACAUGGUCAGUCCAGGCCACCAAGCCAACAUCUCGUCAACUGCUCCGACAUUCUCCAGUGAUGGCGAAAGUGACGAGGAGUAAUAACCAUAGCUUGGCCACUGAUAAAAUGUGGCGUAGCCUGUAGCCCUUUUUAUAAGUGCUUCUCUUAGUUCUGGGAUGUCUUGCCUGCCUGCCUGCGUGUCUGCCUGCCUGUCUGCCAGACUACCUCCCAUCAUCUAAGCAUUGUGGAUGCACCCAGAGAAAAGAGAGUGAACACAAUGCCUUCUUGGUGAAAUUUUUUUUUUUUUUGAUGUAUGAGAACAUGGCUUCAUGUGGUGGUGAUGGUGGUGGUGAUGAUGGUGGUAGUGGGGGAAGGGUUAAAAGAAACAAAACCCAAACAGAAAACAGG